AUUGUGGCUGCCCAAGUUGUGCUGUUUGGCUGACUUACACCACGUUGCCUUUGCCCAGACGGAACCACCUUUAUCAAGACUAAUUAGUUAAUUUCUUGGUUAGCUGGUUAUUUACCAAAAUGAUGCACCUUGGGCGGCCAAUGGCGCAGCGCCGUGGCGGAUGCAACCAGGCGGCCCUGCAGAAUCGUAGGGCGGUGGUCGUCCGCGCAGCUGUGGCUUCGGCGCCCCAGCAGCCUGCUACUACUACUACCUUUGCUCAUCGCGUUCAGGGCCCAAUUAUCCUGAACGGUCAGGUGCUGCACAGCAUUACUCAGGCCCAGCUUGACGUCGUCCGCAGUCUCGAGGAUGGGUACCUGCAGACGCAGGUGGUGCCUUUGUUGAAGCCUGUGGAGAAGUGCUGGCAGCCAGCUGAUUUCUUGCCCCCCUCGGAGGAUGCUGACUUCCUGGACAAGGUGCACGCGUUGCGCGAGCGUGCUAAGAACCUGCCGGACGACUACCUGGUGGUGUUUGUCGGCGAUAUGAUCACGGAGGAGGCGCUGCCCACCUACAUGACCAUGCUAAACACUCUGGACGGAGUACGCGACGAAACAGGUGCCAGUCAAACGCCCUGGGCAAAGUGGACGCGCGAGUGGACCGCGGAGGAGAAUCGACACGGCGAUAUUAUGAACAAGUACAUGUACCUUACCGGCCGCGUGAACAUGAAGGCGAUUGAGGUGACGAUUCAGAACCUGAUUGGCAGUGGCAUGGACCCCAAGACGGAGAACAAUCCGUAUCUGGGCUUCUGUUACACGUCCUUCCAGGAGCGGGCUACUAAGAUCUCGCACGGUAACACAGCCCGCCAUGCCCUGGAAUACGGCGAUGAGGUGUUGGCUAAAAUUUGUGGGUCAAUUGCCUCGGAUGAGGGCCGGCAUGAGAUUGCCUACACGAAGAUCAUGGACGGGCUGUUUGAGCGGGACCCAAACGGCGCUAUGAUGGCCUUCGCGGAUAUGAUGCGCAAGCAGAUUGUGAUGCCUGCACACCUGAUGAACGACGGCGAGCACCCGGCCAAAACGGGCCGCAACCUUUUUGCGGAUUUCUCUUCGGUGGCUGAAAAGACGGGCACGUACACUGCCAUGGACUAUGCGGACAUCAUGGAGCACUUGGUGAAUCGCUGGAACGUGGCGAACCGCACCGGCCUGACAGGCGAUGCCGCGGCUGCGCAGGAGUACGUGAUAAAGCUUCCCGACAGGAUUCGCAAGUUGGCGGAGAAGGCGGCAGCUCGCAAAACGAAGGCCAAGGUCAUCCAUUCGCCGUUCAGCUGGGUGUUCAACCGCGAGGUGGCUCUGUCGUAAAUGUGUAUUUUCAUCGCUGGGAUUUCCGCGAGAGCAUAGGCCACAGGGUGGGGAUGUGUCGCUCGCUUCUUUCUUUGCAUUGAAAGCUGCCUGCAAGGCGGUCAGGCAUCAGCGUCUGGGUUCGUAGUUUCUCGAUCGAUCCAUAAAUCUAGUUCUUUUGCUUGUGUUUCGCCGUACCUCUGCGUUGCCCGUUACGGCGACGGUCGUGCGGCACUGAAGCAGCCCAACCGCCUGACGGCGGCGGUGCAAAUGUAUAUUUCAUUUAGAGUUGCGGUAGCUGGGUGCCUCGUGUAGGUUAUGUAUUGGGAGAUCCGCUGUAGCAAGUAUCGUGCACCAUCGAGGAAUGUGCAGGUGUAGCGCAAAGCACCAGUGAUACUGGUUUUUGGUUAAGAGCGAUGGCUUGUAUUCGUGCGCGUCCUUGGCGCCGUGUUUAAGUCUGAAGAAAUUGCCUACUUGCUAUUUGUGAUGUGUUUGUUUGGCAAUCCGGCCUGAUACAAAUCCGCGUUCUUUUUUGAUGUCUUGCUGAGUUGCUACGAGUUGUCUUGAUUGUGUUGUGAAGUUGGAUACGAAGAAGUUAUGCAUUUCAUAUGUGCCAACUUAUUCCGAUGGCCUCCUGAGGCUGCGGAUCUUAACAUGUUUAUCUUACAGAGAGAUCGUGAGAGGACGGCGGAGGGUAUUACCCCUUCCCACCGUUAUUUCGACUUGUGACUUGUGCGACUUCUCCGAAGCUGUAACGAAACCUGUAAUG